GUUCAUUCCAUUCAUUCAUGUCGGGCUUGUCGAGGCUGCGUAUGUUGGUUGUGUUUAGUUUGUUGAUUUUAUUGUGUUAUUUUUGUAAAUAAGUAAACGAAUACUCAAUGGACGUGAUAAUGGAAAUUGAGUGAUAAUCCAUAAAUGUUAUUUUUGUAGAUAAAACCAAUAUUUUGAAUUCGUAAACAUAACAUUCGAGAUGGGUGACUCUGAAUUUGCUUACGGUUCCUCACUUUCUGUAGAUUCUAUGAAAGUUAUUGCCGAAAGUCUUGGUAUAGCCAACCUUGGUGACGAUGCUGCGAAGGAGCUGGCUGACGAUGUUACCUACCGCCUGAAGGUUAUAGUGCAGGAUGCAAUGAAGUUCAUGCAUCAUGCUAAAAGACAGAAACUUUCCAUUACUGACAUAGAUCACACUCUGAAGUUGAAAAAUAUUGAGCCUCAAUAUGGUUUCAUUCAACCAGACUCUCUGCCAUUCCGGUUUGCUUCAGGUGGUGGAAGAGAACUUCAUUUUAUUGAGGAAAAAGAAAUAGACUUGUCAGAAAUACUCUCAGCUCCACCACCAAAAGUGCCGCUUGAUGCAUCAGUGAGAGCCCACUGGCUAAGUGUGGAUGGAGUACAACCCACUGUGCCAGAGAAUCCUCCUCCCUUGUCCAAAGAAGCCCAGAAAUUAGAAUCUGUAGACCCAAUUACGAAAUUAAGCAAACCCACAAAUAAAGAUGCAACAGGUAAACCAAUGUGUGGCAAGGCAGCUCGGCUGAAGGCGUCAGAGUCGGUGCAUGUGAAACAGCUAGCCACUCAUGAACUGAGUGUGGAGCAACAGCUGUAUUAUAAGGAAAUCACUGAAGCUUGUGUGGGCAGUGAUGAAGGACGGCGCGCAGAAGCCUUGCAGUCCCUGGCAUGCGAUCCUGGUUUGCAUGAGAUGCUACCGCGGAUGUGUACAUUCAUAUCUGAAGGUGUCAAAGUCAACGUGGUACAGAACAACCUGGCUCUGCUCAUAUACCUGAUGCGAAUGGUCAAGGCUUUACUUGACAACCAAUCGCUAUAUUUGGAGAAAUAUCUACACGAGUUGAUCCCAUCAGUGUCGACAUGCAUCGUGUCGCGGCAGCUCUGUCUCCGCCCAGAGAUGGACAACCACUGGGCGCUCCGAGACUUCGCUGCCCGCCUCAUGGCUCAGAUCUGCAAGACAUUCAAUACAUCUACCAAUAAUCUGCAAACGAGAGUCACAAGACUGUUCGCGAAAGCCCUGCAAUGUCCGUCACAAACAAACAACGAGAAUGGUGGACCAUCCAUGGCUAGUAUGAAAGAGUCGGAGAAGACGCCGCUCGCGUCUCUCUAUGGAGCUGUCCAAGGAUUAGCUGAACUAGGACCAGAAGUCGUUAAGGUGUUUAUCCUACCCCGUGUUCGGUGGUUAGGCGAGCGGAUAGAAGGCGCGUUGAGUGGUAUCGGCGGGGCGGACCGCCUCGCCGCCAGUAACCUCAAACAUCAGCUCUGGAAGGUACUUGGCCCUGUGGUGCGCCAGUUGAGACAACCGCCCGAUGUGCCCGAGGAAUAUAAACGCGACUAUGGGUACCUGGGCCCAGGCCUGCAACAGAUGGUGAGCAAGCUGCGGCAGUCGCCUGCGGGCGGCGGCGGCGGCGGCGCCGUGGCCGUGGUCACGUGCACGCCGCCGCUCGUGCCCGCCGCCACCGCGCCGCACCACGCGCACACGCCGCACGCAGCCAAGACUGUCGAGAGCGUAGCGACGCGCAACGUGGUGAUCAGCGCUGCGGUCGCGGCGCCGCCGUCGCCCGCGCCCGUCACGCCGCCGCCGCAGAAGUUCGUCAUCGUCUCGCAACAGAAACCACCACAAGUCCAACCGUCCAGUGGUCCAGGCCACAUCGUCGUACACAGCUCACAACCCACCAUAGUUCGGAGCCAAAACGUUCAGUCGGUGGUGGUGACGAGCGGGCCGGCGGCGGGCGCGGGCGCGGCGCCGGGCGCACAGAAGCUGGUGGUGGUGGGCAUGCCGCCGCACGGCAACCACGCCGCGCACAACCACGCGCCCGCGCACGGCGUCUCGCAGGCGCCGGUGUCGGUGGUGGCAAAGCCCGUGUUCGCGCGCGGCGCCAGCGUCGGCGGCGGCCCGCAGCCCCCGCCGCCCGAGCUGGACGACCUCUCCCAUCUUGCCUGACAGGCCAUCACGGUCGUCCUCAAGAAAUACACCGUCAAGAAGAAGCCCGAACUUCGAUGACUACAUAUAGGUGAAAUAUAAUAACUCUAAAAAGUUUUAAGUUCUAAGAGUAAUAAUCUUGUAUAUGACUGCGGGUAUGUUAUCUGUUACUUGAUGAUAUUUAUGAUCAAUGCAAACUGAGGCGAUGCGGCAAGAGUUGCGAGCGGGAUUUGUAUGACCGCGCCGAUAUGUGUGUGAACGUAUGCAUACAUACUCAAAACAUUACAAAUAAAUCCCGGCCCGGAACGCUCUCGGUGCCGCCUCAGUGAGCAGCGAGCUGCAGCGAUGAAUCACAACUAAAGACGCAAACUGGACAACUGCGGAGAGCGAGAGCGGCACGAACAGCGGCGGAUAUAUCUGUCGAUGCGGUUCCUUACUUAUUUAUGUAUUUUAUCACGUCGUACCGCCGCUUUGCUACCGGCACCUGUGCGCGUACUGUUCCCGCCCCGCUGUCCGGUGGCUGUCGUCGAGUUCGCGACCUUAUAUAAUUACAUUUCGAUAUUCUCUAUGGACACUUUGCAUCAAAAAAAUAAAAACAUAAACAUUCUAGUUUAUCCUUUAAUAUCAAUAACUGGAUCAUAAUAAAUAAGUACCUAGUUAACUAAUCAUCCUUAGAUCAAGAUGUGAUUAAAUUAUUUUGUCCCAAACAUGUAUUUUAGACGCGCUAGAAUUUUCUGUUGGAAAAUGGAUUUUUAUUAUAACGACCAAUCUUCUUUGACGUUUCAUCAAAAUAAUAUAGAAAAUGUAAUUGUUAUGGUACCGGCGUGAAGUAAUUUGUAAAUAGAGCUCGAUAUGGUAAAAGUCAAGAAGAUUUAUUUUGUGAAUGUUUUGUUUGACUAGAGGGGUUAAACUUAAAUUUUAUUUAAAGUUACUCUUCUAUAGUUAUUAUAUUUCGAUGCUAUUAAAAUUUGAAAAAUAAUGGUUUAAAUUUAAUUAGAAUUAUCAGUAUGGAGAAAUCAAAAAUUUUGUCGCAAAUGGGUGCCUUUCACAAUGUUCUUUUACAUAGAGCGUUUUAAUUAAAGUCCGUUAAAUGAAGUUAUCGUAAUAGAUACAUAUUAUAAUUAAUGUAAUAGAUGUUAAGACGCAUAAAAUGAAAAACUACAUAUAAGCAAUAAUCAUUAAAAAAGAAAAGUAAAAAGGACCAUAGGAAUUUAUCAAAAUAUACAUAAGUGCUACUUCAAUGUCAAUAAUAUUAUUUGUUUAGUAAGUUUAAUAUACAUUAUAUAGUUUUUCAUUUCCGCUGUCUAUUUAUUUAGAAUUUACUGACGCCUUUGACUGCACACAGAAAGUUCAAUAUCUUAGUAAUAAAUAUAUAUAGGUUUAGUAUUUGAAUUACAUUAGAUUGAUUAACAAAAUACAAAAGAAGCCACGCGGUUAAAGACGAAUUCUAUGUUCCUACAGCACGUAUCUUCUCUCGAAAAUAGAUUUUAGAAUGAACGACAGGAAAUCGUGGCUUAACAUUUACUUAUAUAAACUGGUUUGAACACUUUGAACUGAACGUAAAUAUGGCGUGCGAAAAUUGUACCGGAACAUGGAAAUAACUAACAUUUUCAAUCCGAUCGAUACAUAAUAGGUCGUUCAAAGAUUUUUUUAUGCAGUAGUCAUAUGCACCAUAAAAAAACAGUGCCUACAGUUUUUUCUUUAAAUGUAGAUUUCAUAUGCAUUUUGUAACACAUUUGAGAAAUAAAUAGAAAUAAAAAUAAGCUAGGUAUUUUAUAAUUUAUCUCCCACAGCCAUUCCAUGCCUUACUUAUACACAUAUAUUAUACAAACUCCACAAAAGUUCUGCUGUUAGAUUAUAUAACGAUGUCGAGUAGCGAAUUCGAAUUUAUAUUUUUCUCUAUAAGUUUAUAUUUUAAGGAAAAGUUAUUAUACGCCGGCAAUAGACAA